AUGGCCCAGCUCCAGGAAAACAUCAAUGGCAUCACUGCUGCUUUCUACACGUGUGCCAGAAGCGACGGCAACUGCAGCCCUCUGAGCAGGGAGGAGCUGAAGCAGCUCACUGAGCAGUUCACGGAUGCGAUGGAGGUGAGGAUCCAGCCCCACAGCUGGCGCCUGCCGCGUGUGUGCCUUCUGGCUGCAGGGCUGGCAGGAACCCUCCAGGACCCCAAAACCAUCAAGAAGGUGCUGUGCUUCCUGGAUAACAGCAACUGCAGGGCUGACUUCAGUGAGUUGCUCAGCCUGGUUUUCCAAGUGACCAAGGCUUGUUGGAAGCCACUCCAGCAGCACUAGGCACCAGAAGAUAGUCAAGAGCUGACAGCACAAGAGAAGGCAGGUAGGGAGCAGCAGCCAAGGCUGCAUGCAGCGGGGAGGGUCUCCUGCAACCAGCAGGAGGGUGAGACACAGGAGCAGGACCAGGACACCCACCAAGAUGAUGGGACUGAAGCACCAGAAGGGGAUCCAGAGAGAGCUGAGAUCCUGGACACUGCAACCCCAGAGCAGGACAAGAAUACCCAUAAGGCUGAAGAGACUGAGGCACCAAAACAGGACCCAAAAACCCACCAGGCCCAAGAAACUGAGACCCAGGUCUGCAAGGCCCUUUGGCAGGACCCCAAUCCCAGCAAGACCCAGAAGCUGCUGCCCCCACAGCUUGCUUGA